CGUCGGUUCUGCGAAGGUUGGCUGUGUGUGUUCAGAUCCGCUGACACGCCCAUAAGGGGUUGAAGCGCCGGGCUUUACCGACCGCACUCGAGACGCUGCAAGAUAGCGGACAGAUUCCUAAGGUGCAUCUUAGUCCUCAAGUGAUCUUCGAGAUAGAUAGGAAGCUGAAAGGAACGAAUAACGGAAUUUCCUUCUAUUACAGACUAUCAGCUGAGGAGGGUAUUGGAGGUGAGCGGUGAACACGAGCCAGUAUGCAGAAUCUGAGGCUGCUCAUCUUAAGCAUGCUGUUUUACUCAGCAUUCUCUGCAACUUUGAAAGCCCAAGAGAUGUCUCAGACUCUAUUUUUUGGGGAAGACUUCCACAUCCUCGUGCCGGCCGAUGGAGCUGACGUGACGUUCAGGCCUUCAUAUGGCCCAGGUCAUGAGAAGCGGCUGAUGAGUUCUGGAAAGGUGGUGGAUCUCCGUGCCAAACUCAACUCUGCUUCGAGCCACCUGAUCCUGGAGAAUGUUGGAGAAAGUGAUGAAGGAGUCUACACCAUCAAAUCUAACCAAAAUCCAGAGGACAUUACACACAUCACACUCUAUGUUAGAGAUUGCUCUAAUGAGGUCAUUGUUAGGUACGGCUUAGAUUUUCAUGUAUUGCUGCAUAAUAUCUCGGAGUCAGUGCGUGUGGGCUUUCGCCACAGCACCGUUGAGGCCAAUCAGACGUCAUUGCCAGCUGAUGACCUGCUGAAUGCUGAUGGAACGCUCAAGGAGAAUUACCAGGACCGCGUUGAGAUCACUCCUCAAAAGUUCACUUUGCGUGCCGUUACAGGGGCUGAUGAAGGCAGUUACACCUUUAGUGAUUCCAUCGGGAAAAUCCAAAAGAAGAUCUGCCUGAACGUGAAAGCACAUCAGAUAUUUGCGACCCUUUUAUACGGUGGCACUCUGAAAAUCAACCUGCACAUGAAUAGCUCUUUAGCUCGCCUUCUGUACAUCCCUCAGUCUGAUAAACAUAAGUAUUUGAUUAUGGAUAACGGAGAGCUCAGCCUGCCUCCUAACGUGGAUCUUGAGGGUCGUCUCUCUUUGGAAGAUUCUUUGUGUCUUCUGACGGAUGUGAGGGCCAGCGAUGCCGGAGUUUUCAGUGUGACUGACCAGCAGGGAUUCCUAGUGUCGGUUGUCCACCUGGAGAUAGAACCUUACAGGCUUCCAAAACUCUACAUUGCCAUCAUUGCUCUGGUAGCAUUGUUGGUGCUGCUGCUGUUGGUGUGCUUGGUGUCAUGUUUGGUGAAGAUACGCAAACGUGCAGCAAAGGCCAGAGCCAUUGAGGAGAAAGCCCAGAAUGCAGGCAAAGUGGAGGGAGAUGCCUUCAGACAGGUUGUCAAAGAUGCCUGUACCCAUCAGAAUGAGGAAGCCCCGGCCCUGUCACAAAAAGAAGACAUCACUGAGAAAUCACAGAGCACAGAGGUCAGCAUUAAGGGUUUGGAGGUGUCUACUAAAGAGCCAAGCCUUCAAGAGAGGAACAUGGAGACUAGUGACUCUGGAGUGGGAUUUAAUACCACUGGGCUCCCCCUUGACAGUGACACUGAUGCCCCAACAGCAGCCAUAGCAGAUUCUGAUGUAUUGAGUUCCUCUGCUGCCCCUGAUGUUAAAGCUGUUCCCAACCAAGCUCCAGAGUCAAAGACAGCCCCCUCACCUCAAAAACCAGCACCAACCACUGAUCUGAAACCAGCACCUGUGGCCAAGUCGACUGCUCCUCCUCCACCUUCUCCCGAACCAAAACCACCAGUAACACCUGAACCUGAACCCAAGCCUGCGGUCACACCAACACCUGAACCCAAACCCGCUGCUACACCUGAAACAAAACCGACCUUAAGCCCAUCACCAGAACCCAAGCACCCUGUGACACCUGAUCCGAAACCAACAACUGAAGUUAAACCAAUUCCAAGUCCAACCCCUGAACCUCCAAAAGCAGUAACACCAACUCCUGAUGCAAAACCAGCCGUUACUCCAGAUGCCAAACCAGCAGUUUCACCUACUCCUGAACCCCCACCAGCUAAAGUUGGCACUCCUGAACAGAAACCCGCUGCGAGCCCAAUACCCGAUCCCAAGACUCCGGAUCCUAAACUGGUUUCUCCUGAGCCUAAACCAAGUUCACCUACUCCACAGUCUAAACCACCAGCCUCACAGAUUCUCGACUCAAAACCAACCACAAAUGGUACUCCCGAAUCCAAGGCUGACAUCGAGUCGGAGCCGAGUGCACCCAUAUCUCCUGGGCUGGAUGUGAAGGGCACAACCCCUCCCAAAACCCCUGAUACUGGGAAAAGCUCAGUUAAAACUCCUGAGCUCAUCUCCAGCGGAGGGCUAGACUCGGCUGCCCCCAAUGACAGUGCACCACCUUCAAGCACUGAUGGAGCUGCCACCAACUGAGAUUGAAACUAUAGCCUCGUUCCUGCCUCCUCCUAGUGUAUUAACCACCACAGACAAUCCAGACACUAGACUUAACAACAAAGAAGAGCUAAAUGACUUUCUAAGGGGGUGGGUUCCUCAGUCUUUUGAGUCUCACUUUUAAUACAAUUAACAUGCAUAAAUAGAAAGAUCCACUGUAAAUCCACUCAGUUUACUAAUAUGUAAUCACCUUGUAGCAGAGUUCCAGAGAAGAAGCAUUUCCAACCUCACACCACUGGCUAAUUUAAUACAGAUUGAGGGAGGCGGUCUGGGAUAUUCCAAGAAAGUGUACAAAGACAAAUCUCCCUUCACAGAAAAAAUACAUCACUGCAUGAAGAUAUUGAGAACAUAAAUUAUAUUAUCGGUUCUGUAAUCCAAGUUAUUGUGGUUGAAUUUGGGGAAAGGCACACAGGAACAUGGGACAUUAAUCAUUUUCAUUCUUUAUGAGAUCAUUUCUGCUCCAAUUUGGCCAGUCGGAGAAUCCAAAUAGCUGGACUGAUACUGUCAGAGGACUGGAAAAGUGGAAAAAUCAUGUAUAACUUUGACCCAUGCAAGUCAACAUGUCAUUUUGACCAGGGAGAUGAAUGAGGAAACUACAGAAGUGCAAAGCAGAAGGAAGAAAUACCAUUUGAUACCAUACCAAAAAAAAACACAAAAAAAAAAACACAAUCCUUCAUAAACUAAUCUGUGACUCUGUGCCUGGAGGACAUUUUUGAGAAUCUUCUUCUAUCAAUCCAACCUAUGGAUGUUCUUGUCCAGAGAUGUGACAGUGCACAUGUCCUGUUCAGUCAGUAUCAAAAAAUAUUGCUGUUGAAAUCUUUCCAUGAAGUUAAAAACAUUUCUGUAUUCUUGGCAACAGUAUAUGUAAACAGGUUUGCUUCAUUGAGUGUCUGAUAUAUCUAAAUAGUGAGGCUGUCUCCAUCAUUAAUGAGUUUUCUGGUGCAUUGUGAUUGGAAUGAAUUGAUCCUUGCACCAUUUUGGUGCUUCACAAAAGCAAUUAUGCAAAUCAGGCAAAGAGGAAAAUGCGACAAAAUAUUGAGUGAGUGCUCAGUUUUGGAGGCUGCAGCAGACUACUGCAAUAUGCUGUACUUUUACUGACACCUUACAGAAUCCUUCCACCACUGUGAUAUAAACACCUGAAUUGGCUUUCUAAAUUGUAAAAAAGUGUUCUAAGUAGCACACAUAUGAUGAAUUAAUCCAGCAAUCAAGAAUUUACUCAAACGACAAAUUACAGAAAAACCAGGUGUGUUUGAGUUGAAAAUAAUGGCAGUGAUUGCAGGAGGUUAGUGAAUAAGACACUUUUUUAUACCAAAAUGCAGUGUGUGAAAUUGGAGCAAGCAGAGAAUUAACCCCAGAAUGUCUUCUGUAGUUAAAUUUGCAUGAUGAGCAAGUGGACAUAGACUUCUAGAGAAGAUCUAGAUUGUUUGUGUUGCUACAAUGUUCCACAAAUAAUUCUGGAUUUAUAGUCAUAGUUGUAAGACAAUACAGUCUCACAUAUCAGUUUACAUAUAUUCCUGGUGCCUCCGGUAGAACCUGAACACCACUGCCUGUUAAUGUUGCAUGAGUCCAGGAACCCACUCCUACCAUUGUGUUAACAUCUGUGGGAGCUGAUGUUAAAUCACAGUGAGUAGUGGGGAUGGUAGCUAAUUCCAUAUUCGUAUCAACGUCUUGAAGUGUGGGCAGAUCUGAUAGACUGGGGGUUUGUGGGUAGAUUUUCUAACUGAAGAUGAUCACUACCUCACAUUUAAGCCUGACUAAAGUACUAAACCACUAAUUAAACAACAUUGCAAUGUGUGUUGACAUUAGAUAAAUAAAAAAUGUAGAUUUUUGGCAAAGCACAAGGUUUGAAAUACAAUCAAAGGUUUACAAAACUCAAUCAGAUAUUUGGCAAUGCCUUUCCCACAAAUCUCUGAAAAUGGCCUUGUUCUUUCUCAGCCUUUAACAGCUGUUUUAAUAUCAGUGCAAGGAAAUGUCACUUGAAAGCCAUAUAGUCUUAGUGUCACAUCUCAUAAUGUAAAUAUCACAAACCCUAGAUGUCAUAACCAUAGGAGCACUGUAGCAUUAAAACAUAAAAUGAUGAUAUAUCCAUGACAAAACAAAAUUUGAUACAUAGUUAAUAAAUCUGACUCAAAAUGGCUUAUAAGCAAACCUGAACCAUAUUUUGUGAUGUUAAAGAUGCACUCAGUAAUUUUUGUGUGUUGCACUGGUUGAUUGGACACUGGUCUUGGACCUACACUGACACUUAGUGGUGUGGAGGUAGAAUAAUGUGAAACCAAUAGUUUUAGGUUACAAAUACCAUUGUAGAAAUGCGCUUUUUGCAGUCAGCUGUGAUCAGUUUAUAAUGAAUGAAAGUAUCCAAUAAUAAGAGGGGUCUUCGAGAUAAAGAGAUAAAGCAGUAUUCAGCUAGUCAUGUGAUUUCAACAUGGCGGAACCUAUGAGGUGACCCACUCAAUGUAAAACAAAACAGCUGUUUGGGCAGAUAUUAAAACAUAUUUCAGAAGUGUUAUUAAUUUAUUUAGCGGUAAAACUUAAAAAAAAAAAUACUGAGUCCACCCUUAAAGUUACCCCCCAUCCCACUCUCUCUGUUUGGUGUGAGAGAGAGAGUCUGUAUUGAAGAACAUCUAAGCAAUAUAAAAAAAAAAUUGCAGAUACACACUGAUACAUGUACACAUGCAUAAUAAUAACUUGUUUUGAAGUAUGUAUUGUGAGAUUCUGUAGUUUGGUCGUCAAGUGCCAGAUUCUUUAGUUUCUCAGAAUGAUUUACAGGCAGGCAGACAGGAGGAGAUUUAUACAAUACAAAACCUAUGAACCUAGUGUAGCAUAAUUGUCAUGCUCCCUUCAGCUAAUCCCAUUGGCUGUUAAGCGUGAGCUUGAUUUCACAUGCCCUUACUUUUAUCUCCAGCAAAUGAUGUCACUUUUAAGUGCAUCCCGGUAAUGCACAUUACACAGGUUUCCAGGCAAAAUCAAUUUUCCUCUGAUCACUCCCUAAAUCAUCAGAGUGUCUUAUCGUGCUUAAGAUAUUCGCUACCCUUCAGGACACUGCCACUGAUAUUAGUCUUGUAUAAUGACAUGAUUACUGUCUGUUUUUGUAUUUUGUGUGUUGAUGCUUGUGUUGUAUGUAUGUGGGUGAAAUUUGGUAUUUAUGAAGAGAGAUUAUAGAUGUUAUUCAUCAUUGGCAACAUCAGGAGGCCUGUAUGUGUUUCUACAAGUGCAUGUGAGUAUGUUUGUGUGUGUGUCAGUGUGUUAGCAAGAAACUCCAUUGGAUAGCUGUCAUUUCAAUACAAUUAACUAUGUCCUUUUUCUCCCCGGCUGGCUGGUAAUUGCUGUUCCUUUUUAAGUGGUAUUAAAUUCAGAUUCAAUUUAAGGGAGUGCACAGUGCAAGAUUUCUAUCAGAACGGACUCCGUGCUGUCUAGUGGUAACUGCUAUCUGUUUUGAUACUAAGAUAGCUGUGUUACAGGUCACUUUGAUUUAGUCAGCGCUCAAGGCUACACCAAUGGAAUAGUAAUUCAGUUUAUAUAGCACUUUUCCUUGCUCAAAGCUUUUUACAAAAUCCAGACACUAAUGUAAAGGUGCAUCGUCAGUGCAGUCUGUCAUUGCAUGCUAUAGAGUUAUGCUCCCAUAGUGUCCGUCUGUGCUAGUGUGGUCAUGCAUAUGUAGGAGGUAGUGUGUAGACGUCUAAAAGUACUCUGAUUUUCAUGUAUUGCACGGCUCUGCAGGUCUCUGAUUGGAUAAUUCCAUUGCUAUGGAUGUCACUGAAAAUGUUGCAUUCUAUAUGUCACCCUAUAUCUUUCCAUUCCAUUGGUUAGACCUGAUUAGUCGAAAACAUUCUAAAGGGCAUUAAAGGGAUAGUUCAUCCAGAAAAGAAAAUUUUAGAAUUUCAUUUCAUUUCGUUCAAAAAAAAUUUAUUUUGUCCAUACAAUGAAAUUAGUGUUUUUUUAAAACUCCACUGUCUUUCAUAAUAUGGACAAAAACAAUUGAAACUUUCCACAAAAGAAAGUCUUACAGGUUUGAAAAAACAUGAGGGUGAUUAAACAAAAAACUUUUAAUUUUUGGAUGAACCUUUCCCUUUAAUCAAAACUCAGAAUUCAGUGGGUGUGGAUUAUCUCUGAAGAGUGAGGAAAAUGAGCGGUGAGAAUGUAUAGAGUAUGAGAAACCCAAGUAUCCUGUGGUGUUGUGUGUGUUUUACGUAAACUCAACGUGCAGUUGUGUCCCACAGGUGCAUGCAUAAGAGGUUUCUGCCUCUCUUUUCCUCUCCUUAUUCCACCUGAGUGAUGCUCUACAGUUUAUUAGUCCCCGUUCUUCCUUUUUGCACAAACACAUAAACAUUUUGUAAAGAAGUGCUACUUCCUUUAUUUCAUGCCUACAAAUGAUAAUAAAUGAUGUAAAAAUG